AUGGCGACCAUAGAUGAAGGAACCGCGCCCAACGCAACUGUCUAUGCCAGGAACUUGUCUGAGCGCAUCAAGAUCCCGCAGCUGAUCGAGGCCUUGCGUGAGAUCUUUGAGGAAUAUGGAACCAUUGUCGACAUUGUCGCAAAGUCCAGCUUGAAGCGCAAAGGGCAGGCCUUUAUCGUCUUCGACAGCGUCCAGUCAGCCGAGAAUGCCAUCGAUGAGAUCAACGGAUUCGAGCUUUUUGGCCAGUCCAUGUCUCUCGAUUUUGCCCGGACCAGAAGCGACGCUACUGUACAAAGAGAGGGAACCUCGGAGGAGCUCGAACAACACAAGCGUCACCGCAAGGCCGAAAAGGAGCGCAAGCAAGCCCUCGAGGCCGCCGAAGCAGCCAAGAAUCUGAAAAGACCAGCACCAGGUGCACCGGAAGUCGACACAGCAGUCCAGAGAGCACCCAAGACAGCACGAGGAGCAGGGCUCAAGGGAACAUCGGGUGCCGGUGCUGGAGUCGUGCCAGACGAGUACCUGCCACCAAACAAGAUUCUGUUCAUCAGACAAGUGCCCGAAGACUACGGAGUAGACGCGCUCACGGCCAUCUUCUCGCGCUUCCCGGGCUUCAAGGAGGUCCGUACUGUACCUGGUCGCAAGGGUAUUGCUUUCGUCGAGUAUGAAGCCGAGGACGGAGCCAUCAGCGCCAAAGAGGCAACAGCAGGCAUGUCCUUGGGUGAUAACACCAUCAGAGUCACGUUCCAGCGCCAAUAA